UUUAAGCUAAAUGCUAAUGUCAGUGACAAUGCUAAAAUGCUGAUGGCAAGCAGAAACAUCACUAUGCCAACGGUCAAGAGCAAGAAGAAGAAGCCGAAGAAAGAGGUCAACGAUGGAGAGGAGCAGGCGGAAGUGGGUCUGGAGGUCGAGAUGGAAGAAAUGACCAAUAGGAGUCAUUCUGAAAGCAGAGACCCUUUGACCCCAGAGCCGCAGGAUCCAGCACCACAGAAAAAGAAGAAAAAAAAGAAGGCGCCUACUAUCGAUCAGGAAGCAGAGAAUGCUGAUAUGCCAAACGGUGACAUGUCUGAACCAAUGAUGGACGGAGAGGAAAUGACUGUUGCUGUAACCAGAAGGACGAAAAGGAAGAGGAAGGCGAAGGCGACUGAGCACUACAGCAAUGAUCUGGGCGCCGAAGAUGAUGAUAUCAUCACAGAUGCCCAGUCACCCAUCCCCCAGCAUUCCCUGUUCUCUGCCCCCCACGGACACAGCCAGCCAGUUGGCAAAGUCUUCGUGGAGAGGAACCGGCGUUUCCAGGCAGAGCGAGUUGAGCAGCUCCGACAUUCAGAGCUGAUGGACGACUACAUGGACCCCAGACAGAUCUGGACCACAAGAGACAUUGCUAUGAGGGUCCACAGUGGCUUCAGGGUGAUUGGUCUGUUCUCUCAUGGUUUCCUAGCUGGCUACGCAGUGUGGAACAUAAUUGUUGUGUAUGUGUUGGCGGGUGAGCAGAUGACCACGCUGCCCAACCUGCUGCAGCAGUACCACCCUCUAGCCUACCCGGCUCAGUCUCUGCUCUACCUGCUGUUGGCCAUCAGCACGGUGUCUGCAUUCGACAGAGUGAACCUGGCCAAAGCUUCCAUGGCCCUGAGAGGAUUCCUCACCCUGGACCCUGCUGCUCUGGCCUCUUUCCUGUAUUUCAUAGCCCUGAUUCUGUCCCUCAGUCAGCAAAUGACCAGUGAUCGCAUCAACCUUUAUCCUACCGCCAAUGAGACUCUGUGGCCUCCGGGUUCAGAGCAGCAGAUCCUACGGCCGUGGAUUGUAGUGAACCUGGUGGUGGCACUGUUGGUGGGCCUGGCCUGGGCCGUUGUCUCUACACGGCCAGACAUCGACUAUACAGAAGAGUUUUUGAUGACAAUGGAAGUAGAGGGAUACCCGAGAGGAGACGAGAACCUGGACAUUCCUGCCUGAACACCUGUAAACCUCUCCCUGUCUGUUCUCUGGUCAUAUAUUGAUAUGUCACUGUCUAACUCUCAGUAUUCUUGUCAUUUGAUGUAUGUUUUUGUACAAUGUGUCAUCUAGCACUUAAUUUUCCUGAGUGUGAUUUUGUAA